CGCUGUGCAGGAAUGUGCGCAAACUUUUACUUCUUUCUGUUGGUCUUCACUUCAGUCGACGUGUUAAAAGUUCGCUAAAUCUCAGCGGCACCGUUGAGUCGCUCGUCGCGGGAGUGUGGAAAGUCAACAUGGCUACUCCCUCCAUGUUCUCGAUGGAGACGUUUCCCAUUGGCGUUUCCUUGAUGGACAACGACCAGAGCCUCAGUGACGUGGCUAGGAAUUCUGCCGCCCCUCAGUUGGUCAUGCUGGCCAACGUGGCGGCGGUGGCAGCAGUGGACGGCUGCGGUGAGGGCAGCGUAGCGGAUGAGAAGGAGAUGAUGGAGCUGAAGACGGUUGGAUGCAGCUACUCGGACAGCGAGGACGAGAGUGUUAUCAGGUACAAUUAUGACAGCGGGAACCCUAGCGAGGUCUGCACCAUGGACUACUCAGAAUCUGUUGACCUUUGCCCUGUGCAGUCACAAAAUGAUGCACAAAAGGACAAAGACAAAGCAGAAGACCUUUCUCAAAACUCGUGCGAGCCCACAGCAUCGCCGGACCCCAAACCCAAAGACGGACCUCCAGGGCGUGUUCCGCCCGAGGCUGCGAAGAAGAAGAAGCCAUUUCACUGUAAACCCUGUCACUUCCAAGCGCACAACGAGAAGGAGUUUGUAGAACAUCUGAGAACGCACGCCGUGAGCAAGAUGAUGGUCGUCAACCGGGUGGAAGGGCGGAGCAAAGCCCCCGAAGCAGAGACGGCGCAGGGUCAGGAUCCAUCGUGUGAGGAGGGGGAGGAAGCCUCGGGGGCCAGCGCUGACAGCAAAGGGCUGAUUCGCUGCGAACGCUGCGGCUAUAACACCAACCGCUACGACCACUAUGUGGCGCACCUCAAACACCACAGCAAGGAGGGUGACGACCACAGGGUGUUCAAGUGCACGUUGUGUGCGUACAGCACGGUCAGUCAGUAUCAUUGGAGGAAACACCUGAGGAACCAUUUCCCCAGCAAACUGCACACGUGCACUCAGUGCUCCUACUUCUCAGACCGCAAGAGCAACUACAUCCAACACAUCCGCACGCACACGGGUGUGCGUCCUUUCCAGUGCCCGUACUGCGAAUACUCCAGCUCCCAGAAAACACACCUGACGAGACACAAGAGGACCCACUCCGGCGAGCGACCUUUCAAGUGCGAGAGCUGCAACUACCUCGCUGCCAACCAGCACGAGGUGACCCGCCACGCCCGCCAGGUCCACAAUGGUCCCAAACCCCUGGCUUGCCCGUACUGCGAAUACAAAACCGCGGACCGCAGCAACUUUAAGAAACACGUGGAGCUUCACCUCAACCCCCGUCAGUUCCUCUGCCCUCUGUGCGAGUACGCCGCCUCCAAGAAGUGCAACCUGCAGUACCACAUCAAGUCACGCCACGCCGGCUGCGAUGUCACCGUGGACGUCUCCAAGGUCAAACUGCGGGUCAAAAAGCACCCCAACGGUGUUGAGGAGACCCCGAGAACGGGAAAAAUGGCAAAACUGUCCAGCAUUGAGGAGGACUUGGAGGCUGAGGAGUCCGCUCCAAGUGAGAAGCCGCCAGAUCCCAUCAAUCUGUCCAUCAGAAAGCGCGGCAAAGCAGGACAGAACGAAGAGCAAGAAGAACCUCCGAGGAAAUGUAAUGGUUCUGCUGAUAAAGCAGCAAAGACAAACAAGUUGGAGAAUGAGAAAACUAUCACAACAAGACAAAAGAAGAUGAAGGAGAACAACGAGGACUUAAGGGGAAAGAAAAGAGUCAAGAAGAUAGCAGCAGAUGUUCCACCUGACCCACAACCAACAAAGGGAGACGGCGAGAAGUGUGAAGUGGGAGGAGCAGUGAGCCAUCAAGCUGGGAAUGAGAGCACCAAGCUGAGAAGGCCCACAGGGAAGACCUCCAAACGAGAAGAACCCACUGACACGCCAGAGCCUCUUGAGAAGAACGUCCAAGAAAACAACAAGAAGAGGAAAGUGGUGGAAGCUCUCGACCUUUCUUCGAAGUCGCCACAUGUGGCGCCUUCUAAAACUCGGCGAGUCAGACCUAGCAAGUCGCCAUCGGCGGCAGCUUGCAAAGACACGAGCGAGGAAGGUGAUGCUGUUGAUGCUCCGCAAGAGUCCACCUUGCCAGCUAAGCGUACCAGGAGAUCUACCAGGAAGACUUCAGUAUGCAGCCAGAAAGGCCAGUCAGGCACGCCGGAUACACCAGAAAGCUCCGCCCACCUUGAAGAGUCAACCCCAACCCUCCAAUGUAAUGCCCCAUCUCAAGUCAACACACCGCUGGAUCAACCCCCGGUCUGGACUAAAGACGUCCCCCCAGAGGUGCAGUCGGCGAAACCAUCCUCACCGCCCGCUGUUGCACUUCCGGCACCGAAAGGCAAGGCGACCGACCCUGAGGACGACGAGGGCGUCCACAGCAGCCACGAAGGCGCCAGCGACAUCAGCGACAGCGCCUCCGAAGGUAGCGUGGACUCGGGCCUCAACAGCAACAGCGCCAACUCCGGAAAAAUGCCCAACGACCCCGAAACGCCCACAGAGGAAAUUCCGACUCCGACUGAGCUCAAAAGUCACAUGUGCAUCUUCUGCGACCGCCAUUUCCCCCUGGAGGUGGACUACCGCCGCCACCUGAACCGUCACCUUGUCAACGUCUACUACAUGGACGCCAUCCAAGGACCUAAGUAACGCCAACGUAGAUCUGGAGAUAGUGAUGAGGUCCUGAAAAGAUGCUGUGACAGCACACGGACCAAUCAGGAACUUUGGACUUCUGACGGAUGCGGAAAAAAUGAACUUUGUUUGCGUUGUUUGACAAUCAGUCUUUAUUUUGUAUCUCCCUUCUAUCUACCUUUAUCUCCCUUCGAGACGUCAACCUGAGCAAUGUGCUUCUAUGCAACAGUUCCACGUGAGUCACUUGUGAAUUUCACUUCCUCCAAAAUCUGCUCUAUUAACGAGCGAUACCGAUACCAACAUGGCAGCCGAUUCCUCACCUGCACGCAGCAGCCACUCCAUCAAACCACAUCCAAUAUCAUAAAUGUGCCCACUUAAGUCAACAGUCGACACGUUGUAGUAUUAUUAGCUUUAUCAUUAUCACUAUGCAGCAUGACAUGACAUACUGUACAUAGCUACUGUCUACACACAGCAUUAAAGCAAAAUAAAAGCAAAUGCAUCCAUUUAAUCACCAUAAGAAAGAUCUGUGCGCGUACUAUUAAUUGUUGCCAAGACAACCGCAGUGCCUCUGUUAAAAAGUGGAAAAUACAUUAAUCCUCUUCAAGCUUUGAAUUUUGCAGAUCCACUUAGCACUUUUUUGAAAGUGUAUUAAUAAAUGGUGCUGUUUCAUGGGGUGACUAUAGGGGUGUUAUUUCAUUUCUUGAGGUCUAUAAAUGUUAAAAAACUGUAUUUAGAAUGUUGUAAACACAAUGAAAAUAUUCCACUUAGAAAUGAGGAACUACUUUACUUUAUGGAAAUUGACAUAUCAGCCAGGUCAGGAAACAACUGACCACGAUCAUCUCAAUUAAAAUGUGCACAGAUGGAGCAAACCCUUGUCAAUAAACUCGACAAUCCUUAAUGAUCGUCCAUUCUCUUCCAAAAUCACACAAAUUAAAUUUCCAGGCAAUGACCAUCUCAAGUUUCCGUUCUGUUGCCAUUUUGAGGGGCGUCUACCUAAACAGGUUCCACUGUAUUAAUAAACUAUCAUUGUGAAUAACCAUUCCCAGCGUUCCCUAACGAAGUGGCUGCUGAGUGUGGAUGGGAUCGGGUAGUUUUGGUUGAAAUGUAUUCUAAGUUUACUGAAAGGUGAAAUUAAUUGAGUCCAUGUAAUGGUUUGUUUAUCUGUUUUUCAUUUUAAUCACUUGCUUUUCAUACGUUUGUCCUUAAAAAAAAUAAAGCACACCAUCAGUGAGCGUCCAUGCUCUCCUGGGAGAGCGUGGCGCAUGCUGGGUCUUAAAGUGA